GUGCGUAGAGACUGGACAGACGCGUGUUGACGGAGCCGAAUUAGCUUUAGUUAUUUAAAACAGCAGCUUAGCCCCCUUGUUUCUCUUUUUUCUCCUCCUCCUCUCUCUCCUCUCUCUCUCUCUAUCUCUCUCUGUCUCUUCCUGCGAAUGUACAUUGUGGUUCAGUGCUUCCUCCAUAUCGGACUCCGUAUCAGUGAGAGGAGUGUUUAAACGUCAUCAUGGACACGUUUUUCCGACGCCACUUUAGGAGAAAAGAUGGAGCAAAGCCCAGGGAUACAGAUUCCACCAGACACAGGAGACCAAGUGUUGCUGUGCCCACAAGCAAGGCACGUCGCAGGUCCAGCGCCGGACUGGCCUCUUCCACUCUUUGUCAACGUCGCAGAUCCAGUGUCCAACUCCAGGGGGUGCCGUGUGUUAGCAGUGGGCGGAUUGUGUCCCGACAGAGAGGGGGUCCUGGUAGGAGGAGGUCGAGCACAACUACCCCAUGUCUUAAUCCACGAUUUGCAGUUCGACGGCGGAAAGCUGGAAAACUACGCACGAUAGAUACACACCUUUUGGGACCUUCCAUGUUGUUGGCCAGUCUUUUACAAAUGACAGAUGAAGGGGAGGGCCCUCACGGUGAGCAACAGGUGGAGGUGCGCGGGCUCCAAUCGGAUGGAGACGACGACAGCAGCAGUGAUUAUGACACCCAAUCAGACGACAGCCAAAUCUCAGAGGGGGAGGAGCUUCCAGAGGAGGACGACCAAGUAGAGCGCUCUGAUCCGCCGGAGUCUUCCUCUCCUUUGCCUUCAUUGGACAUUGCUAAAACAUGCAGAGAAGUCAUGCCCACUCCAGCACAGCCGCCACCCACUCCUUGUCCAGCUCCUCCCACUUCGUCUCGUCUGAUACGUGCCCCACGCUGCCUUCGUAGGAACUCUUCACAAAUUUUUGGAGGAGAGACUGGGUGGUGUUAUCGGCAGCGCGGUUCGAUUCAAAGUAAAAGGAGGAGAAUUUCAACCAUUUCUAAAGCCGGUAGCCCGUGGCCUGGACGAGGACUGCCGCUGCCCCCAAACCGCAGGAGCUCCGUGUACCAUAUGCACCACCCAGCCUUUUACCGAGGCCCCGGGGCCCUCAGCCCGAUGGGGGGCUAUGACUCUCGCCUGGAGAGCUGGAGUGCCUUCCUGCUAAAAGCCAUUGCGAAGUCCAGUCUCCAGCACACGGGGCCCACCUCCACAGAGCCGCGCCCAGAGCCCAGCAGCUCCAUCGACUGGACCGAAAAUGCACAGUUCGGUGACCACAUCUGGUUUGAGACGAGUGGCUCUGGAGAUUUCUGUUAUGUGGGGGAGCAGUACUGCAUCGCCAAGUCUCUGCAAAAGUCAGUGGCCAGGAAGAAGUGUGCUGGUUGUAAGAUUUCAGUGCACACAAUGUGCAUGGAGCAGUUGGAGAAGAUAAACUUCAGGUGCAAGCCUUCAUUCAGGGAACCAGGAUCUCGGACUGUCAGAGAGGUCAGUCACUUGACACAAAUGCCGAGCGUUGUGAGGCAUCACUGGGUGCACAGGAGGCGGCAGGCGGGGAAAUGUCGCCAAUGUGGAAAGGGAUUUCAACAGAAGUUUUCAUUUCACAGUAAAGAGAUUGUGGCCAUCAGCUGCUCAUGGUGUAAACAGGCUUAUCACAAUAAGGUGACAUGCUUCAUGCUGCAGCAGAUCGAGGAGUGCUGUUCUUUAGGAGCUCAUGCCGCUGUUAUAGUCCCACCCACUUGGAUCAUUCGAGUCCGAAAACCACAGACAUCUUUAAAGUCCAGUAAAAAGAAGAAGAGGACGUCACUGAAAAGCAAUAAAUCGAGCAAAAAGGGAGCAGAGCUCCAGGAUGGUCGGUGGAAGCCGUUCUUAGUGAAGCCUCUUCCCUCUCAGUUAAUGAAACCUCUCUUAGUGUUUGUAAACCCAAAGAGUGGAGGAAAUCAGGGAGCAAAAAUCAUCCAGUCCUUCAUGUGGUAUCUAAACCCUCGGCAGGUGUUUGAUCUGUCAAAGUCUGGACCCAAAGACGGGUUAGAGCUCUAUGCCAAAGUGCCAAACUUAAGGAUACUGGCCUGUGGGGGAGAUGGAACGGUGGGAUGGAUUUUAUCAGUGCUAGACCAAUUGAAGAUCCGGCCUCCACCACCAGUCGCCAUUUUACCACUCGGGACGGGGAAUGACUUGGCCCGGACACUCAACUGGGGUGGGGGUUACACAGAUGAGCCCAUUACAAAGAUCCUGUCCCACGUGGAGGAUGGGAACAUAGUGCAGCUGGACCGAUGGGACCUCGAGGUGGAGCCAAACCCAGAGGCCCGGCCUGAGGACAGGGACGAGCAGCAGACUGACAAGCUUCCCAUUGACGUCUUCAAUAACUACUUCAGUCUGGGCUUUGAUGCUCACGUCACACUGGGCUUCCAUGAAUCAAGAGAGGCGAAUCCGGAGAAGUUCAACAGUCGAUUCAGGAAUAAAAUGUUCUAUGCAGGAACGGCCUUCUCCGAUUUCCUCAGCGGGAGUUCCAAAGAUCUCGCCAAGCACAUCCGAGUUGUGUGUGAUGGGACAGACCUUACUGCCAAAAUACAAGAUUUGAAGCUUCAGUGCCUCCUCUUCCUCAACAUCCCCAGAUACUGUGCCGGGACAGUACCGUGGGGAAACCCGGGGGAACACCAUGACUUUGAGCCUCAGAGACACGACGACGGCUGUAUCGAGGUCAUCGGCUUCACCAUGACGUCACUGGCGACGCUGCAGGUGGGCGGUCACGGUGAGCGGCUGCAUCAGUGCAGAGAAGUGACUCUGAGCACGUUCAAGUCCAUCCCGAUGCAGGUGGACGGAGAGCCCUGUAAACUGGCCCCCUCCAUCAUCAGGAUUAGACUUCGCUCCCAGGCCAACAUGGUCCAGAAGGCCAAGAGGAGGAUCUCCAUGCCCCACCUCAAUGAUCAACAGCCGGUGCCAGAGAAGCUGCAGAUUCGUGUGAACAGGAUCAGUAUGGCCGCAUAUGAGGCUCUGCACUACGACAAAGACCAGCUCAAAGACGCCUCCACUCCCCUAGGUCUUAUCACUGUUCCUGGAGACUGUGAUCUGGAAACUUGCCGGCGGCAUAUAGAGAGACUGCAGGACGACACUGAUCAGGACAAUGAUCCGAUGAGAGGAGAGUGUUUUUCAUCUCAGAAGCUGUCCAUGAAAUGGUGUUUCCUUGACUGUACUACUGCUGACCGUUUCUACAGGAUUGACAGAGCUCAGGAGCAUCUGAACUACGUAACAGAGAUCGCUCAGGAAGAGUUAUACAUUCUAGACCCAGAGUUGGUGCAGACAGAGACAGUGGGGACAUCCCCCGCCAUGCCGGACCUCGUGGACUCAGACGAACAGAGAGAGUUCAACUUCGGCUCCUCUCCCACCUCCCCAUCCACGCCCACCAACUCAGCAGCUAAUAGGAUCCGAGAUUUACAGAGGAAGAGGAUUUCUAGUGACAGCUCAGUAUCUGAUGCUCUGUCUCAAAACUCAAAGGCAGCACUCUGCAGGAGAGGGGCAAAGAUUCUCAAUGUGCACCGUUCCAAUACAACCCUCGCCGAUUUCAGGCCCAUGAUUAGUUCGUCAACUCCAGUCCCACGCAACACUGAAAAAGAUGCAGAGUUAAUAGACUGUGUAAAGACUGAAGACCUGAGCCGAUUGAAGGCGCUGCACCAACAGGGGGCAGACCUGCUGCUUCAGGACCAGAAUGGCUGCACACUGCUUCAUCAUGGGGUGGAUAUUGGCAGCAAGGACAUUAUGAAGUACCUCAUUGACAAUGUGCCCACUUCUCACCUGGACAUCACAGAGAAGGAGACAGGAGAGACAGCGCUGCACAAAGCGGCCAGUUCGUGCCAGAGGACCAUCUGUCACUUCCUUGUGGAGGCUGGAGCUUCCCUCAUGAAGACUGACCUCCAGGGGGAGACUCCUAAACAGCGCGCAGAGAAAGCAGCGGACCACGACUUGGCUGAAUAUUUGGAAAACCGCCAACAUUAUCAGAUGAUCCAGAGAGAGGACCAGGAGACAGAGGUCUGACCCAAAAAACUGUAGUUCUGUUUUUAGUACUAUACUGUUUAUGUUCAAUAAUAAGUGUCUUUAAACCAGGAACACUGCAUCUCCACUGACAAUGAAUGUAAAUCACAUACAAACAGAGCUAACGAGGAGAACAGCCAAGAUUUUUAGUGAAAUUUGGGUAUAUUGACGUAUGUUUUUACAUGUGCUCUAUGGGGUACAAAGUGUAUUGAGGUAAUUGUGGUCCCAGUAAUGAAAAUUAAUAACUAGGAUACAAGUUAGCAACAUAAACCAAACAAAAAAAAAAAUUAACUUUGUGAUCUACUCAUGGGUUUCAGCUUUGGCAACCACCCUCUGUAGUCAUAUCAAGUCAUAUAAGCAAUUCAAAUAAAAAUAUUAUAUAUCUUUUGAAUGGGGAACUAAAGCAGGACUAGACCAUAGCUAAACCAGUACUAGAAGAGGACCAGAGCCAAUAUCCAUAAGAACUAAGUUGACUUGACUGUCUUCUUGUUACUGCUGUGAAGGACUUUCCAUAGUGAACCAUUUUUGAAAUACUCUGAGGUAGAAUGCAUUUUUAAAUUCAGAAUGUACUAUACACGCACAUUUUCUCAGUUAUGGUAACAAGGAUCUUUUUUUUUUUUUUUAUUAAAUGAUCUAGUUUGCUUCUAGUUAUUUCUAUUUUAUUUGCACUGGGACCACAAUUCUCGUUAUCCCACACUAUGUGAUAUGCCAUGUACAACCUUAUUUCAAUAUUCUCAAAUAUUUAAAGUCUACACAAACAUGGGUAUUUUUCUUUUUUAUAUAUAUAUUCCAAUAUUUAUUUUUUCACAUUCCAGUCCAUCAGAUUUGUGGACCCAUUUGGAUAUAGAGUUGGCUUAAUUAUUAUACAUUAUCAUUCGUUAGAAAACUAAAUUUCUUUAACCAAUACUGCUCUUAUAGUAGCUGUAAAUGUCACUUUGCAUUACACUUGGUUGGUUAUCUGUACCAACAACCACCACACCAGUCACAUAGACCAAGUGAGUGAAGUGUCUUGCCCAAAAAACACAACAACACUAGUGCAAGCCAUGUGCUGUGUUCACUGAUCCAGAGGUCUUGUCUGUAAACCGUUAUUAUAUUAUAAGCAAUAAACCAUACCCAUAUUUGUGUGGACAAUACAAAAUGAAAAAUGAAACUUCCACCAGAAGCAAGUCGGUGUCUCUGUCAUACAAAAUAUUUCACACAUUUCCAGGUGGGUCUUUAUUCCCUACACAACCAUUCAUUUUACCUCUAGAUGCUUUUAUUGCCAUAUAUUUUAGAAUGACUGCAAAAACGUGUCUUUUUAAGCAUUUAGUGACCGUUUGGAUGUAUUUGUUUACUAUUAAAUGUCACAUAUUUAACUUUUAGUCACCUCCUAUUGAGCUAUUUAUAUUUUUAGACAUAGAUAACACUUGCUUGGGAUCAAAACAUUGGAGCAAGUUGCCUCCCGCUUCUCACUUUUCCUUAUUGUGGAUUUAUGUUCAGAUUUUAGUAAAUUUCCUCUAUAUAAGAUGUUUUUGUAACUUUGUCUGUUACAUACCAAAAUGCAAAGGGUGAUGCUUUUACUGUGUUGUAUAGUCUGUGUAUAUUCAGUGUUUUAAUGGCCCCAAGCCUGUUUUUCUGCCAAAGCAGUGGAGAUUGUAUUAAUAGUGACUGCAAUUAUAAGAUGUAAUGCUGUACAAUAUCAUUAUGGAGUAAGAAUGUUUGGUUUUAUCAUUUCAGAGUGACCUGCAAUAAAGCACGUCAGUAACA